CUGAUUCUAGUGUCCCAAAAUUCGGAGAGCUCAAAUCCGAAGGUUUUAACUCAAAAAUCUCCAAAUGCCACUGAAGAAAUCCCCAAAAUCGCUCAAAUUUGUCGAACUCCCGAAUGUCUUCGACUUGGAAAUCGCACAAGAAUCCUAAUGAAUCCAAAAAUCAAACCAUGCGAUGAUUUUUAUGAAUUUGCAUGUGGAAAUUUCGCAAAUUCCAGCAAAACUUGGUCUGAAACUUAUCGUUAUCAGGUGGAAAAUGAGCAAAAAUUAUGGGAACUUGUUGAGAAUUUUGAGCCGACCACAAAAUCUGAGCGAAUUUUGAAGAUUUUUUGGGGGAAAUGUCGGCAGAAGAAUAAUUUGGAGCCAAUUUUCAAAGAUUCGUGGAAAAAUGCGAGCCUCACACAAUUAUUGAUUGAAAUUGCACCAUUCUUUUUGGCGGAUAAAGAACAGAUUUUAAUCAAUAAAAUAUUCAGUGGGCGAAAUAAUAUAAUGGAAAUGAAAUUGGAAAUUGGCCAACAAUAUAAACCCAAAAAUCGAACAAAUCGAGAUAAAUUGGUGGAUUUUCGAGAAAUUCCAGUUCCAAAAUUCAUGAAUCUCACACAAUAUAUUCAAUUUUUAUUGCCCGAAAAUGAGAGAAAAUUAGCGGAAAAUUGGAAGGUUUUGGUGGUGAAAAAGGAAUUUGAGGCGCUGGAAAAUUAUUUGGGAAAUGCGACGAAUUUGAAAUCAGUUAGGAAUAUGCUAAUGAAUAAAUGGAGGGAAAAAUUGGGAUCGUAUUUGGUGAAAAAGCGAAAGAAUAUCGGAUGUUUGAAGGUAAGUUUGAAAAAAAAAAGAAAUAGUUCGCAUGGGGCAUCGAACCCGUGGCCUUCAGAUUGCUGGCCGUGCGCACUACCACUGAGCCACGCUCUCUCUUUUUUUACAGAAAGCGCAAAAACUAUUUGGCGGAACUCUUUCAAUGAUGUUUAUCAACAAAUACAUUGGUCUAAAAACCGUCGAAAAAGCCAACAUUUUAUCCGAGGAAAUUCGAAAUGAAUUUAUAGAACAAAUCGAAAAAUCCACGUGGAUUGAUAAAAAAUCGAAGAAAUUAUUGAAAGAAGAAGCAAAGUUGUUGGGUAUUUCAAUUGGAAUUCCGGACGAAUUUAAAAACCCGGAAAAUAUUGAGAAAAUGUAUUCGAGAAUUGAAAAACCGGAAAAUCAAAGUUAUUUGGAACUUGUUGAGAAUUUGCUGAAAAUGAAUAUGGAAGAGACUUUUUUAAGAGUUGCUCAGGCUCAAAAAAUCACUUAUUAUGCAAAAAGUUUACAUUACGCUGGAUUUCUACCAAAGUCUUUUAGAAUUUGUGAGUUUUUUUUGGGAAGACCGCAUGUGGGAUCAAACCCAACUGCUUCAGAUUCAAAAUCAAAGAUUUUACCACUGAGCUAUUCGCAGACGCUAAAAUGUAAAUUAUAUUUUCAGCAUUAUCUGCAUUUUAUUUAACUUAUCCAAAAAUCCAUAAAAAUCUGCCAGAUUGGAGUAUGAAAGUGAAUUUUGGCCGAAUUGUGGCACACGAAUUGGGACACGCUUUUGACGCGAAAAAAUUUGGGAAAAACUUCGAACACAUUGAAUAUCCAAAAAAGAAAAUGAAUCGAAAAACGAGAAAAGAAUUUGAUAGAAGAAUUGGAUGUUUGAUCUCACAAUAUGAUAAAUUUGAAUUUCCGGAUGGAUCGAAAUCAAGUGGAAAACGAACUAAAAAUGAAGAUUCGUCUGAUAAAAUUGGAUUUGAUUUGAUUUUUCGCAUUUUACAAAGAGAUUUGAGGAAUUCGAGUAAGAUUAUGGAGAAAUUGCAAGGUUUGGAAGAGUUUUCGAUUGAGCAAAAUUGGUUUUUAACCUUUGCCAGUGUGAGUUUAGAGGAUUCUAAAAUUCUAAAAAUUCCGAACAUUUUGAGACCAAACAUGAGCAAUAUUGGGCUCAAAAUGCUCCAAAUUUCGAGGAGAUUUUGAAAAUCCUAAAAUUAAUUAUUUCAGUAUCACUGCCAAAUCCCGUACGAUAAAAACUUGAUUGAACUUUAUAGAAAAGAGUCUCAUAGUGCGAGAAAAUUUCGAGUCAAUGGAAUUGUAAUGAAUUCGCCGGAAUUUUCGAAAGCUUUUCAAUGUGAGCCAGGAAGUUUGAUGAAUCCCAAAGAGAAAUGUGAACUUUUUGAUGAGAAAUGA